ACAGAUUCGAGCACAAAUUAGCUAGAAUAUGUACAUUUCAUGUUCCAGACACAGCAGCUAGCACGUGUGACCUCCCACCCACCGCCCGCCAGGCCACCCCAGAGAGUAGGAACCGGUUCGACAACGGACUCUUUGUUAUUGUCUAUACUCAUAUAGUGCAACAAACGGCAGCCCAGCUCUUGAACUCCGGAUCCAAACAAUCUGCAACCCGAUUGGAUUGGGUGGUGGUAGUGUUGAGCCGCAGAGAACGACAACCACGGCGGCGGCGUCGUAGAGAGAGAGAGAGCGAGUGAAUCAAGAAUCCAAACCAGUUGUAGUAGCAGCAUACUCGCACUCACGUAGCUACAGCGCGCUCGGGCUUGGACAGACGACACAGUCGCUUUUUAGUCAGCCCCCAGCCGUUAGCGGAGUCGUGUGUGCACGGCUGAUUAGUAGUGUCGUCCACCGCCCCGUUCCCGAGAUAGGACCAAGUUUUCUUUAGUCGCAGCGUGACGGUCGGACGUGAUACGAUUUUUUCGGUGAAGACUUUGAGUCCUCGCGCGUAGAACCGUACGGCAGCGUGUCCGGAGAAUUUUCGCGUAGUGGUUAAAUCAGAUUUUUCUUCAAGAGGAAGAAGGAAAGGUAAUCAAUUAACCCCACUGGAGAAGAUAAAAUGUGAAAAAUAAGCUCCGGUAAUCAAUAGCUGCAAGAAAGUGUAUAGAAUCAGUGAAGAAUACCAAGAAGCAUAGAGCAUAAAAGCACCGUUGCAGAUGCUAAUGUGAAGAGGAAAGCAUUAAGAGUUUUCUGAGAAAAGCAAGAGACUGAGAAAGCGAGUCCAAAUCAAAUUGCAUCGCUGCUCGUGUAUGUGCAACAUCCAAGGUGUUUGAUAAGUCUCCGCAGAUAGCGUUCAAAGUGUAGCUAGUAAAUAUUGUGUAGAAGCAUUUGAAUGCAGUGUUGUGGGUGGAAUUGCUACGAGUAAAUUACACAAGAAGAUUUUCCAUCGUCAGCACCGUUGUUAAGCAGAAAAAAAAGUAGAAGAAAAUUAAAUGUGCUCAAUUUGCUGCGUAAUCUGUGGCAUACAUAACUUCGGCUACCUACAGCAUCUUCCCGUGUGGUAGACUAAUCAGCGAAGCCAAGCCUCGGUUUAGAGAUUCUACAGCACUUAGGUUUGAGACUGCACCCUAGUUUAGGCAAGCUAGUACCAUUAUUGUAGAAGACAGAACCAGCCUUCCCACGUAUUAAGCCGUAAAGCUGCAAUCAUGUUGGAUCGUGGACCAGUCCAGCUAGACAACGACAAGUGUCGUCGUGAGCGGGAAUCACACCUAACCGGAUCCCGGCUAGAUCUUGCCGGCCUAUGCGGAACACGGAACACGUCCAGGUCCAGCAGAACAAACAUGGUCGAUUCACACGGCAACGCUCUGCCACCGCUCAGCCCCUCCAGCAAUAACAACUCGUCGUCGUCGACGUCGGCGGCCAGCGAGAAUGAACAGAAGCCAGUACCCCUGUCGCCCAGUGAAGCGCUCAAGUACCACGGAAAUCGUUUGACAGACUACGAGAAGCAGGAAAUUGAGAAAUAUCCGGAGGUCUACUAUCUGGGUCUCGAUGCCUGCAAGAUAAACGCCAAACCUGGCACAGCGCUUAACUCGGGCUACGAUGAUGACAAUGGCAGUUACAAUAAGGUGAUCCACGACCACGUCUGCUAUCGGUACGAAAUCCUGGAGGUCAUCGGCAAAGGCAGCUUCGGACAGGUUAUCCGGGCAUUGGACCACAAAACCAACCAGCAUGUGGCAAUCAAAAUCAUUCGCAAUAAGAAACGCUUCCACCAUCAGGCCCUGGUCGAAGUCCGGAUAUUGGAUGAGCUGCGCAAGAAGGAUGUGGACGGAGCAUACAACGUGAUACACAUGCUAGACUACUUCUACUUCCGCAACCAUCUGUGUAUCAGUUUUGAGUUGAUGAGCCUGAACCUGUAUGAGCUCAUCAAGAAGAACAACUACCAAGGCUUCAGUCUGAGCCUCAUCCGAAGGUUUUGCAACUCCAUAGUCAAGUGUCUCCGGCUGCUGUACCAGGAGAACAUCAUUCACUGUGAUCUAAAGCCCGAAAAUGUUCUACUCAAACAACGAGGCAGCAGUCUGAUAAAGGUUAUCGAUUUUGGUAGCUCGUGCUAUUCGCACCGCAAAGUGUACACCUACAUUCAGUCCCGCUUCUACCGGUCGCCAGAGGUCAUACUGGGCCUGUCAUACGGGACGCCCAUCGAUAUGUGGAGCUUAGGAUGCAUACUGGCAGAACUGUACACUGGAUAUCCGCUGUUCCCCGGGGAGAACGAAGUGGAGCAAUUAGCGUGUAUCAUGGAAGUUCUGGGCGUUCCUCCAGAUGAUCUCAUCAAUACUGCCACCAGGAGGAGGUUGUUUUUCGAUUCGCGAGGAAUUCCACGGUGCAUAACCAAUUCCAAAGGACGCAAGCGGAAACCGGGCUCGAAGACCAUUUCGCAGGCACUCCGCUGCAACGAUACCACGUUCAUCGAUUUCGUCAGCAAAUGCCUCGAAUGGGAUCCAAAGAAGCGCAUGACACCGGAAGAGGCUGCCCGCCACGAGUGGCUCCAGCCGAGUGCAUCCUCCACCUACGUCUCGUCCAAAUCCAAGGAAAACAGUGAUAAUCAGCUCAGCUUUAUGCAAAAACUGCAACGAUCUCAGCCAAUGACACCAAAUACAAUCCUUCCGGAGAUAAAGACUCCCUCCCAGCGGCAGCGGUACGUCAAAGAACGAGUAAAAGCAACAGAUCUGGAAACAGCACAACAACAGUACUCGCAGCAUAGACUGUACCACGCCCGCAAGACGACGCUGAAUUCGUCCAACAACAAUAGCAGCAGCAGCACCAACAUCAGCAGCAGCAGUGGCAGUAGUACCAACAAUAACAGCAACAUCAAUAACAACAACAAUAACAACAAUCACAAUGGCAUCAGUACGAUCAUGAACCAACAGCACGGCAGCAGUCAGACGAUAACCUCCAGCUCCAAGUAUCCCUCGAGUCACCAUGUGGGUCACCAUCAGCACCACCAUGGAGGAAUGCCCCACUCCCAGAGCACCGGUGACGUGUCGGCCAUCUUUGGCCGUGCAUGACAUGACACCCUGAGCAAGGCCAAGGACACCAGCAAGAUCAUCAGUUUGAUUUAGAAGUUGAUGUGUCCAGAGUCUGUUCGGCUGUACGUAUCACUCUACAGAAUGCUUCACUAGACAUACUGUAAAUAGCUUGUAGUGAUAUGUAGGGUAGAGUUCCGUAUCUGGGCGGUACAUUUAAGAUAGGAACAUAGAGCGUCUAUGAUAUGAAAUGUGUUAAUCAGUAUCCGUAAUCCUCAGAGAUUAAUCUUCCUCCCACUGCCUUCCUCCCAAAAAGAAAACAAAAGAACAUAGAGGAGUUCUCUCCCUAGGUGACAGAUCUCCGUAAGAUAGAGUAACAGAACAUUGUUGUAGAAUGAAAUGUACAUACACUGGUGGGAAUCUCCUCAUAGUAGUGCGAUUCGUCCGCUUCCGGCCGAUCGACGAUGUGUUGCAAUGGCUAGGGUCACUCUCUUAUCAAGACUAUAAAUUGAGACGAGCUCUCCGAAAUGCUUGGAACUCUGUGAAGCGCCGUUCAGUAUCUCUCUUCUCGUAGAAAUAUUUCUUGCAACGGCUACUCUCUUUCGGUAUUAUCGUUUUAUAAUUUAUCGAAAUCUUAUUUGCAACCCACGGUGGUCGGGCAGAGAAGUGAUCAAUCCUCCCGAAGCUCCCAUAUAUUUAGCGUAGUGGAAAAGGAAACAGUAGCCUGAUGAUGGUGAUGUGAAAUGUGGUGAUAAUGGUGCAGCAGUCGUCAUUACUAGCUUAAGAAUAUGUAUGGUACCUAAGCUUGAUGAUUCCUCUCUAUCCAGUUGACAAGGAUUUUCGACAGGAAAUAACGGAAAAGUCAAAUUCGAUUCAAAUGAAUCCUGAUGAGGACAGACCAAUUUCAGCUAGAACAAGCCAGGAGCAGAUGCUACGAGGUGUUUGAAUCUAGUGUCGAGGAAAAUAGUGUACUUGUACAGUAUGACUGACUUUUAACGGUUAAAUAUACUAGAUAUAUAUACAUAACGUAACUGUAAUUUAUUGUUUAGAGCCAGAACAUUCAACCCAGAUGAUGAAAUCUUAAAGAAAAUGAACAAACUGAAAAGUAAAAUAAAGGUGAAAAAUCAGAUAUAUCAUAAUCAGCAGUAAUUGCAAGUGAUCCAUAGUUCGUAGUGGAAUGAAAGAAAUCGUUUCAUUGAGUAACAGAUUAACCACUUCAACGCAAAUUUAUUUCUUAUUUCUCGAUUAACCAAAAAAGGCAAACAAAAAACCAUCCAAAAUUGCUGACUUGAAUGUUGCAGUAUUGAAUAACAAAAACAUGUUUUAAAUCUGAUUAAUUGUAAUCACACCGCUGAAAUUUUUCCAACCAAGUAAACUCAAUUGCAAAAGCUCUUUUCUCCAGACAACACUAUUGAUUGCGGCUUAAGAAUGCUGAAUUACUAUUAAUGCAUACUUAUAUAAUGGACAACUUAUGUUAUGUACAUUCAGUGAAAAAUCGAAAAUAAAAAUUUUAAUUCAUUACCUACAAUAUAA